ACAUCUUAAAGGUACUGAAAGCAUGGCGAGCUUUCCUGACCCCCCUCCGCCAUAUUAUCCCCCGAAUCAGCCUCUACUGGAACAACAGGGGCAACAAUAUGUUAAUCAAUUUGUUCAACAGAACCCACAUGGUUUUGUACAAGCACAGCCUUCAAAAGGAGGAUUUACUGACGCUUCAAGUGGUUAUGAGUAUACUCAGCAACCCCAGAUGACGCCACCAAUAAUGAACACAACAACUACUAAUGUAGUGGUGUGUCAGACACAAGCUGCACCAGUAAUACUUAUAAACCCAGCUCCGUACAGCUACAUGACACCAGCGAUUUUGACCUGUUUCUUUUGUUGCUGGUGUACAGGUAUUGCAGCGAUUAUUGCGGCAUCUAUGUCUCAAAGUCAGUCAAGUGAAAUGAAGUACGACGAAGCAAGAAAAUCAGCUAACAUAGCUAGAAUCCUUAUCCUCGUGACCAUUUGUUGCGGUAUUGGUGGUGUUAUUAUUUUUGUAGCUGUGUCAGUAGCUGGACAAUAAAACAGAGGUUCAUCUCUCCAAGUUAUUCUGCUUUAACUAUAACAUCAUGAUAUGUUAAAUACGUUAUAAACAAAACUGUGAAGUAUUCUUUUAAUACUAUUAUGUGAAUAGUCAGAUUAUUAAGUUUUCCUCAUUAACAUGCAUUUGUUAAGCAUUUUUUUGUGAUGCUUUUUAGGGAAGAAACCCAAGCUAUCGUUUUUAUCGAAAUUUGUUUUGAAUAUCAAUAUAGUCACACUCGGUAAAGUGUUGUGAUGCAGUGUGAUGCAGAUAAACUAUGUCUAUCUUUUCCUAGUCAAUUGUCUGUUGUGGAUUAUAAAUGAAUACAGAAUUUUGAAGCUGUUGAAUCGUUUGAUAGCUAUUCCUCUCGGUAUACUACACGUCCCUUUUUAACCAUUCUACAUGUUUUAAAAAUGGACAUUAAUAAAACCUAAAAAGUUGAUGUCUUUAGCUCUUGUAUUACAAUUGUUGUCCUCCAAACCAACAAUUAUCCUUUAUUUAUUUGUACUUUAUGAAUAUAGACACUGGUCUUAAGGGCUUUUCCUUUUUUAGCAUUAAAUUGAGCAAAUUGAUGCCAGCCUGUAUGUAAUUAUAUUAUUGUUCAGUAUUCUAGUCAACGUGUAUUAUCGCGUACCUCAUUUCCAAUGCAUU